AUGAGGUCUGGCUGGAGUCUUACGCUGCCGUUCUUUUAUCCUCUCGCCGCGGCCCUCUCAUCUGACGAGGCCCGCGUCUUCCUCUUCCCCAGCUCUCCCAGAGCUCUACCGAACCGGGGUCAGAAGCUUGACGCAGAAACAGCUCGACUAGUCUUCUCGAGGCGUCUAGGACUGGCCCAAUACUACAAUGUUGGGGAUCUGAAAGACGAACAACUCCAGCAGAUUAGUGCAUUCGGUGGAAGCCCGUCAGGGCUGCUGGAUCUCCAGCAUAUUACUGCUGCGAAUCAGCAAAGUCAAGGGUUCAUCGUCGUGGAGGGGUUCGACAAUGUCCAAGAUGUUGUCCCAACAACUCUCGAGUCGGGUUCAUACGACGAGUUCACGAUCCCCAUAUCGCCAUCCGCGGCCGACACACUGGAGCUCAUGGAAUCAUUCGACGACAAAUUGAGAUACUUGGAGUCCAUUGAUACAACUAUAAUGCCAGCAGUGUGCGACUCUAUUCAUGAUGUAGUAAAUAGACAGGGCAUCACUCCUAUGCGACAGACCUGCAAACCCUGGUCAUUCUCUUCCGCAACGAGUCUCAAGGACGCUCAAUCUGCAAAAGAUGUCAAAGCUACGCUUGGUCAGCUGUUGACUGAGGCUAAUCAGCACAACUACCAGUUCACAGUUGUCUUCACCUCUCCCAAAUCAAAAAAGGCCUCGAAACGAUCACCGAACGUCUACGGUGAGAUUCCAUCAAGACAUGGCAAACAGGAACUAGAGAUGAUCCUGUCCGAGGCGACACCCAUCCGUUCCUCCGCUACGUCCAAACCAACACAUUCAGGUACCCCGAGCACGAAUGACACAUCGCCGGUCCGAGGAAUCCUUCCCAGCUGUUUCGCAUCUGAAGCGGACUGCGAAGCCAAGACAAAAGGCUGCUCUGGGCAUGGGCAAUGCCGUACGAAAUAUAAAACUGACAAGACAGAAUGCUGGACUUGUGCCUGCGAGGCCCAGGUUCACACCAACUUAGACGGAUCAAACAAAACCACCAGUUUUGGCGGCCCGGCUUGCCAGAAGAAGGAUAUUGUUAUGCCUUUUUGGCUCUUCACUGGUUUUACGAUUGCCUUUUUGUCUAUCCUGACUUGGGCCAUUGGACUUCUCUACAGCAUGGGUGAACAGGAGCUUCCGGGCGUGAUCAAUGCGGGUGUUUCUGGACCUUCGAAGAAAUAG